UAUGCUAACUUUAUCUAGAAAUUUAACUGAUAGAGAACUGCAGACAAUAGCUUUAAAUCAUCAACUUCACAAAAUACUCCUUCCUAUCAUAACAAUACUUGGAAUAGCUGGAAACGUCUUAUCAUUUAGCGUCUUCACGACAAAUCGCUACAAAAGAAAAAGUGCAAGCGUCUUUCUCGCUUUCUUGGCUGUUGCCGAUUCGGGAUUUCUGCUUUCCUUAAUACCUAUUUGGCUGGGUUAUAUGAAAAUUCAUGCCUUUCAUGUUCAAGGCUUGUGCCAGAUAAUUCUAUAUGGAACUUACGUAUUUGGUUUUCUAUCUGUUUGGACCGUAGCUGCCUUCACAAUAGAAAGGACUAUAGUCGUUUUCCUGCCUUUGGCAAAACAUAGACUUUGUACGAGAAGAAAAGCCAAAGGCUGUGUAAUAAUUAUGACAAUUUUCGCACUUAUCGCCUAUUCAUUCUCUGUUUGGACGUCAGGCGUGGUAAAACAAGAAAGUACUCAACAAUGCCGCCCAUUUGCUAAAUACGAAAACUUUUUAAGAAUAGCUACUAGCGUUGAUACUGUUCUUACGCUGAUCUUACCAUCUCUAAUUAUAGUUAUCUUAAAUACUGCCAUUGCAAGCAAACUAUUUAUCUACUUGAAAGGUCGAGGGCAAACAUCUGGUAGUAGAGAUCGCCAACAAACGGAGAAAGAAGAAACACAUCAAUUAACUAGUCGCGUAACGGACAUCAGUGGUGUACAGUUGAGAAUCAAUAAAACUUCCUCCUCUCGAUUUGUUGAGAAUACUCAAGCAAGAACAACACUCUCUCUCAUAGUUGUUUCAAGUGUAUUCGUAGCUCUGAACUUACCAUGUCACGCCUAUCGUAUCCACGGAUUCGUUAUAGAUCUUGCAGGCUUCAAAUUUAAGAACGCCAGCUCUGAGCCGGGCUUUUAUCAAGGAUAUUUGCAACUGCUAUAUUAUAUAAACUUUGCUGUCAAUUUGUAUUUGUAUAGUUUGUGUAGCCCAGCAUUUAGGAAAGCAGCCUACAAACAAUUAUUUCGGAGUUGUUCAUGCUAA